AUGGGAGCGGCACUUGGGCCAACCCUGGGGACCCCCCAGGUGGCCAUGUUUUGUGGGAAACUGGUCCUACAUCUCAACGUCCAGACAGGGCACUGGGAACCUGAUGCCAUUGGCACCCGCACCUGCUUCCAUACCCCUGAGGAGAUCCGGAGCUACUGCCAGGAGGUGUAUCCUGAGUUGCAGAUCACUAACGCUGUGGAGGGGACGCAGCCAGUCACCAUAGACAAGUGGUGCAAGAAGGGCCGAUCGUCAUGCAAAGGCCAGAUGCACAUUGUGGUACCCUACCAGUGCCUUGUGGGCGAGUUUGUGAGUGAAGCACUUCUUGUACCAGACAAGUGCAAAUUCCUACACCAAGAGAAAAUGGACUCAUGUGAGACUUACUUGUACUGGCAUAGUGUGGCUAAAGAGGCCUGCAGUGGUGAGCAUCUUGAACUACACAGUUAUGGCAUGCUACUGCCUUGCGGGGCUGACCGUUUCCGGGGCGUGGAGUAUGUAUGCUGCCCCUCACGCCCUCCAGCCAUCAGGAUGGAACAAGCUACAGAGGCACCCCAGGUGGUUGCCCAUUUAAGGGAGGAAACCCUGCACAGCAACAAAGUACCAACAGGACGUAUUCCAACAGAGGAAGAAAGCUUGGAAUUGGAGGAAGACAGGAAUAUUGAUGAAGAAGAAGAAGAGGAGGUGGAGGAGGAGGAAGAAGAGGAGGAGGAGGAGGAAGAAGAAGAAGAAGAAGAAGAAGAGGAAGAGAUUCCUGGAGAGAGUGCUCCUGAUCCUAACCACUUCCGUGCUGCCUGGGAUGACUAUUAUGUGGAACCAGGAUACCAUGAUGACAGCAUCACUCAGACCACCAUCACUACUACGACUCAGACCACAGAAGAAGAUGUCAAAGUGACCCCAACCCCCCGCCCAACCGAUGGGGUGGAUGUUUAUUUUGAAAUGCCUGGAGAUGGGAAUGAGCACGCCAACUUCCUGCGAGCCAAGAUGGACCUGGAGGAGCGUCGCAUGAAACAGAUCAAUGAGGUGAUGAAGGAAUGGGCUGAAGCCGACAACGAAGCCAAGAACUUGCCUAAAACAGACCGACAAGCACUGAAUGAGCACUUCCAAUCUGUCCUCCAGACACUGGAAGAGCAGGUGGCUGGAGAGCGCCAGCGGCUGGUGGAGACCCAUCUGGCCCGCGUAGUAGCACUGCUUAAUGAUAACCGUCGUGCGGCACUGGAGAACUACUUGACUGCUGUACAGAAUGACCAUGCCCAGCCGGACCGCAUCCUGGCAGCUCUGAAGAGAUAUGUGCGGGCGGAACAGAAAGACCAGCGCCACACUCUCCGCCAUUACCAGCAUGUGGCCGCUGCUGAUCCUGAAAAGGCUGAACAAAUGAAGUUCCAGGUGUAUACCCAUCUCCAUGUCAUUGAGGAACGGAUGAACCAGAGCCUUGCAUUGCUCUACAAGAAUCCCCAGCUAACUCAAGAGCUCCGAGGAGACAUAGAGGAGCUGCUGCGAUCUGAACGGGUGUCCACCAAUGACCUGCUUACUACCUCCAUCUCUGAGACCCGCACCACAGAGGAGUUCCUACCCAUGGACAGCGGUGAGGACCUAGCUUCUGAGAGUCGUUCUUACCCACAUGAUGGAGAAGAUUCUGAAUCAGCCGACAAGAAAGCUUCAGGGUUGGCAGAAUAUGACUAUCCGACUAGUGACAAAGCCUUGCUGUAUGAGUAUGAACAUAAGGUCAAUGUGUCUGCCUCAGAUGUCAAAGGCAUGGUGUACAAGUCCCAAGAAAUCCAACGUGAUGAGCUGGAGCCUGAUACCUUGGUAACCAUCAACCGAGGGGCCCUGAUUGGCCUCCUGAUAGUAGCAGUGGCUGUUGCCAUGGUGAUUAUCAUCAGCCUCCUGAUGGUUCGCCGAAAGCCAUAUGGGACCAUCAGCCAUGGCAUUGUUGAGGUGGAUCCCAUGGUUAGCCCGGAGGAGCGGCAGUUGAGCAAAAUGCAAAACCAUGGCUAUGAAAACCCCACUUACAAAUUCUUUGAAGAGAUGAACUGAGUUCCUUGGGGGCUGGGGGUUGUGGCAUGACUGGGGUGGUGGGCAUGACCAUGUGGAUGGAGGGGAUGGCAUCUACAAUGGGAGAGGGGUAGGUUCCACCCAGAGCCCUUUUCUCUUUCUGUGCCCCAUCUGAGCCUUGCUCCUACCACCUCGUCCACCUUGUUUUUGUUCUUCCAUUUGCCAUAUUCCUCCUGCCUCACACUUUCUGGGCUUUAUAGCUACUGCUACUAGCCUACUACUUGCCAUUUCUCCCACAUCUUCAAUUUCACUUCUCAAGGUUUAAAUGGCUAUAUAAACACGCACACGAUGGUUGUGUUCAUACAACAUGCUUAACCAGCUUUGUUACAAACCUAGGGGCUACAUUUCCAGAAGCACUAAGCUUGGUUCAUUUUAAUCUUGCUUUGUCUUUUUUUUUUAAUGGCUUAGCAUGUUGGGCAAACGCAUCCUUUUUGAUUAGUUUCUGAUUUGAUGUACUGUGGAAGCCCACCACAUUGGAUAAUUCAGUCAUCAGGUUCAGCAUGUUGUGUGAAGCCAGGCAAAAACACCAAGCUGCCAGCAUCAGGGUUCUUCUCUUGUAUUUUAGCCAACUUAUCUGAAUGGGUAACUGCAUGCUGUGGAGAGAAUCAUCAUGCAACCUGGGGGCACCAAAAGCCACACCAUACACCCUUAAAACUUGUAUGUUCAAAUCAGUAACCAGUGCUCAUUUAUUGUGGGACUUUCACAUGUGCAUCAUCUGAACUCACACAGGGCCAAAUCUCAUGUUAAAAUGGCAGCCCACAACACAGUAUCCCAAUAUCCAUACAUCGCUUCAGAACCCCUAGAUACACACUUCACAUGGUUUUCCAUGAAGCAGUAGGCACUACAUAUUCCAUGGCACUCAUUUGUGACUCCACUUUGCAGGGAUUUUCUUAAAAAAUGGAACACCUCCAGCAUACAUGUCAGACAAGGGGUACCAUUGCACGCUAGAAUUGCCCAUUGCUAACCUGGCUUGCCUCUGGCAUAGAGACCAAAUUCCAUCUCCACUUGCUUGCCUUUUUCUGUCUCUGCUUAUCUUAUGCUUCCUUACUACACUGAACUCCUCACUCGUUGCACUUAAUUUAUUGGAAAGCCAGCUAAAGAGGGUAGCCUGGGGUAAGUUAGCAUCCAUCAGCACUUUACUUGACUAGUUUGGAGAGGGGAGAUAUGAGGAUUGAAGCUCUUUUCUUCCAUGCAGACACAUUCUGUUCCUUCCUCUUUCCCCCUCAAAGUAUGUAAAGGAUAAAAGCAGAUUUGCUGAACACUCUGGCUAUGUUCACACAGUUCAGUUAACCAGUCCAAUUACAAACCUAGCAGCCGCUGAAUUCACACAAUAUGCUAAGCUGAGUUUAACUUGUUUGAUUUGGGUAGCUUAACAAGUUAUGUGACUCAUUCUUUUAUGGUUCAGUGAUUUGUGCAAACCCAGAAAACAGGUUAAUUCAGGAAUGAAAUUAAGCUUGUUGUGUGAGCACAGCCCAUAAGGCUGGUCUUUCCCCAGCCCAGAAGUUCAGGAGCUGGGAAGUAAGUUCCGUUAUAGGGCUAAGCUCAUAAGCAUAUAUACCUGUUUGUUGUUAUUUGUUCCUUACAGUGGGAAGGUUUUCUUCCAGUAGCAAUUUGCCACAUGUCUUGAUCACUUUACAAAGUAUCUUCUGAGAGCGGCCAUCCCAGGAUCCCAAAUGGGGGAAGAUAGGGAGCCAGUUGGACCAUCUCUGGUGCCAUCUCUGCCAAAUGCUCUGUAACCUUUAGCAGCUACUAGACAGAAUGGUGUGGAGUAAUAGUCCUAUUAUUGCCUUUGGGUUGAACCAUUUUGCUAUUUUUUUCUUGGGAGGUGGACUAAGGAAGAUACCUAUAGUAACAGGGUUCUUGAGAUCACUCAGAAGAGGUAACCUUAGAGAUGCUUUUGUUUUGGUCCCCCUUAAGCCAUAAUCCAGCCUUCUCCAAUCUGGGUGCCGCAGAAUUCCCCAGCUAACACAGACACUGCUGAAAAUUCUGGGAGUUGAAAUCCACACAUCUGGAGGAUGGCCAGGUUGGAGAACCAUGAGAAUUGGAAAGGGACCAUUCAGGCCUGCUGUGUGCAGAAAUUCAAACAAGCAUCCCUAGCAGAUGAUCAUAAAACCUCUGCCCAGCUACAUCCAGUGAAAGGGAGCCCACCACUUCUUUGGUGAAGCUGGGAUAAUUCUUUGGAGAAAUCCCUGGGCUAAGAACCACACUGGAGAGACAAAAGAAAUCAGUUCUUUUCUCACUUUCAUGUAGUGAAGAAAGUUACUUUCAGAGUCAAUAAUCUUCAGGGGUGGGAGGCCCUCACCCUCACAACCACCAUACUCAAUGUCUGAGAAAAAAGAAUGUAAGGCUUUCUCCCCUGAAUGCCUUCUGCUGUGUUUCAUAGUUACCUUCUUGUGCCCUGCCCUGUUUACCUACUAGAUCUUGUUUGUUUUUAAGCUGAGGUUUUUGAAAUCAAGAGGCAAUGUCAGAAAGACAAACCAGGAGAUGGAAUUCAAUUGCCAGCCCUCCCACCAAACUAAUAAAAUAUUGUCACUUCUCUAA